AUGGAGUCAGACAUCUCACAAGCCUUCCAGAGAGAACUCACCUGCUUCAUCUGCCUGAGCUGCCUGACAGACCCAGUCACCAUAAGCUGUGGUCACAGCUUCUGUCGAGCCUGCCUCCACCUUUCCUGGGAAGACAUCCAACCUCCUGUCCGAUGCCCUUUGUGCAGAGAACAAUAUGGGAAGGAAUUGAGAACCAACAUUGUUUUGAAGAAGCUGGUGUCCAUUGUCAGACAAGCCAGCCUCAUGAAGGACCUGAGCUCUGAGGAACAUAAGUGUGUGACCCACGAGGAUACUAAGAGGAUCUUCUGUGCUGAGAACAGGAUCUUUCUCUGUCCACUCUGCUCAAACUCUCAUGAGCACAGAGGACACAGACACUGUCCCAUUGAAGCAGCUGCUAAGGAUCAAAUGGACAGGCUUUUGAAGCAAAUGACAUCUUUAUGGGAGAAGGUCCAAGAAAAUCAAGAGAAUUUAGAGGCAGAGAACAUAAUGAGAACCCAUUGGAUGGACUACUUGACUCUUCGGGAAGAAAUGAUCAGGACAGAGUAUAGGAAACUGCAUCCAUUUCUCUUUGAAGAGGAAGAGAAACACAUUGAGUCUAUGAGAAAUGAAGGCCAAUGUGUUUUAGAGAAACUCAGGACAAGUGAAGCCAUGAUGGUCCAAAAGAGAAAAGAACUAAAAGAAAUGUAUCAGAAGCUGAUGGCAAAGUCCCAGGAGCCAUAUGUGGUUCUGCUGCAGGGUUUGGACGAUAUGUUCAGAAGUAUAAUUCAAAUGCCCAUUUUCUUUGAUAACUUAACCAUGUUGCAUUACAAGAUGAACCUAUUUAAUGCCAUGAGAAGAUUCAUCUUCAGACCUCACCGUAAAGAUACAACUGCAGAUUUUGUUGGAUGCUAUUUGGCUUCCUGGGGAUCACAGAGCUUCAUCUCAGGGAAAUAUUACUGGGAGAUUGAUUUGGAGAACUCUUGGGAAUGGGCUGUAGGGGUCUGUAAGGAUUCCUUCUUAAGGAAUAGAAACCAACUGAUUGAAUCUGAAGGUGCAUUUCUUCUUGUGUGUGUGAAGGAGGGUAAUCAUUACAGUCUCCUCACCACAUGCCCAGUAUUCCAGCACUAUAUAGAGAAGCCACUGGGCCGAAUUGGUGUGUUCCUUGAUUGUGAGGAUGGAUAUUUAAGUUUCGUGAAUGUUGCCAAGAGUUCCCUCAUAUACAGGUACCCUCCUGGCACCUUCAAUUACCCUAUCUGGCCUUACUUCUCAAGUGGGGAAACUGCAAUCCAGCACCAUAUCGUUUUUUAA